AUGAGAUUAACGCCCCAAACAAUAAACAACGCGAGUAUAGUGCUAAACCCAGAAGGAAAACUAACCCUCCAGCUCAGAAACCUCUCCAUCCCAUACUUGGAGAACCUCGGCAUAACCCAGAACAAGUUUGCCGUAAUAGACUUGACCAACAAUGACAUCACAGAAUUAGCCAACAUUCCGGCAAACUUGUCCAAUCUUGAAGUGUUGCUUCUAGGAGGUAAUCGCAUCUCGUACGUGGAUGAAGAAACAUUUCUGGAUGAAAAUGGCAUCAAGUCACUUUCGUUGAUCAACAAUAGCAUCACCAAAUUCCAGGCUUGUUUCAGAAAUAAGUUUAGAUGUUUGGAAAAUCUCGUUCUCAUUGGCAAUCCCAUUGUGAAUCACAAGCAUUACCGAUAUUUCAUUAUCUGGUUGGUGCCUACGUUGAAGGUACUAGAUUUCAAGAAAGUCAAGGAUGGCGAACGACAAGAAGCUGAAAAGCUAUUUGGUGUAGACAAGGAGGACUUCAACGAACUUGCGCUCUCAUAUCUCCAUCAAGGAGCUCAAUCAAAAACUGAAGAAAAUGGUGUCUCCACUUCAGACGAUAGGAACCUUAGCCAGAUAGGCAGAAAGUUGACUCCGGAAGAAAGAGUAGAAUUGAUGAAAAAACUCGAGUCGGCUACGAAUCUUGACGAAAUCGAUGAGAUAGAGCACAAGUUGAAAACGGGCAUGGUGUAA